AUGAGCGAUGAUGAGAAAAUACGGCACGAGGUCGAAGACAUAACAGUGGAUUUCAUUCGGCAACUCGCUCGUCCCAUCACGAAGAGCUCUCCGUGUUUAAAGCUUGGUGUUAAUCCAAAGUGUGGCCAACUCAGAUACAACCGGGCGACUCUACGAAAGCUGGCUCGAGAUCUGACAGCAUUGUCCAAGGUUUACAAUCUCACGAUAACAAAAAACACGGCCACAAAGAGGGAUGUUUACUAUGACGACAAAAAGCUCUACAAAGAACAACGCAACUCGGACAAUGCUCUACGAAGUGUUUGCUCAUUACUCGACUCAAAUCGUCACGAACUUUCAGUGAUCUCGUGUAGUCGAGGGAUUUUACAAGGCGCAUUAGCAUUUUUGGACUUGAAUACCGGCAAGUUGAUCGAUUGUCAAGCGGGACCGGUGCCGUUAAACGAGGAUUUACUGUCACUUCGUCCACUUCCUACGGCGCAUUUCAUUUUGGUGGUUGAAAAGGAUGCGACUUUUCAAAGAAUGAUCGAUGCCGGCUUCUUUCUCCAUUAUCCAAAGGGGAUUCUUAUGACGGGGAGAGGUUACCCAGAUCUCGUUUCAAGAAGAGUCCUUUCCUGGCUUGUUAAAGACACCUCACUGCCUAUUUAUGGCCUCUUUGAUGCGGAUCCUCAUGGAAUCGAAAUAUAUUUGACCUACAAAUAUGGAUCAGUGCAGGAUAGGGCGGAAACAAACAAUAUUUUUGUUCGGGAAAUACAGUGGAUUGGGUUAAAGCCGUCACACAUGCAAAGUGUUCCGUUCCCCUCGAGUCAACUUCUAACACUCACACAUCGAGACUACAUGAAGAUGCGCCGUGUUCGAACGCGGGCAAAAUUUUUGAACGAGGAAGAUGUCGUGGAUGAAAUAGAUUUCAUCACGAAACAGGAGACGAAAUUUGAACUCGAGGCGCUAACUGGUGGCGGAUGCGAUGGAGAUUAUAUCAUACGAUGUUAUUUGAGUUCUCUAAUCAAGAAGCUGCUCCCAAAUCACUACGAUCCACUGGUACGAUCACGGCAAUCCGAAUUGGCUUCCGAACUCGAGGAA